UUUACGAAGAGAAGAACUGCCAAUGGGGGUUUGACUGAGACCUAUUUGUAGGCCAUAAUUUAUUGCUGCUGCUUUCCUUCCCCUGGAACCGGAUUCUACUUCGACAUAGAGGCUAUACAUUUUGGACACGUAGGUGCAGGUGUUACAUUUAAGCCGUAACCUAGUGCCCAGGCCACGCCUCUCUUCAGAGUCCAAGUCCCAGGUUAGGUCACCAUUACAGCCUGGAUUGGCCCGCCCAUGUUCUUUGAACUCUGCGUUGAACAUGCCACAUGUCUUUUCCAGAUGCAGCAGUCUGUAGGAGUCAUUUUCACACCUGCCGAAAUCAGUUAUGUACCUGAUUACUUCCUAACCAGGGGUCUUGGCCGAAGCAGUCGGUGGCACCCAGGCCUGAGCAUCAUUUCCUGCUCCUCGCACAGAGAGGGUGGAUGCAUCACCAGUUGUAGGGUUUCCCUGUCAACUCUCGUGAAUGGUGCAGGAAAAACACCAGAAUUGCCUAGCUACAGGGCGCCGCCAUUGUGGACACCCAAAGUUGUGCGGAGAAGAAAAGUUGACAGGAGAUCUGAUUGGUCAUUAACAGAAAAUCUUUGUGAUGGAAUUUAAUAGUGAAAUAUAAGUGAUAAAAAUGACAGGUGACAUAACAGAAUAUGUAGAAAGAUACAGAAGUUAUAAAGGGAAGAUCUGAGUGGAGAGGUGAUAUUUGGAUGGACAAUUUCAUUCAGUGCGGAUCUACACUAGUUGUAAACAGGCCAAAAUUUGAAGGAAAAACGCAACGGCAAGCCAUAUAUUUUUUGGUGGAAUUUUGAAGGGGGAGAUGAUGAACUUUGCUGAAUGGUGACUGAUUUUUUGAAAAUUGGCUUAAUAAAUAAUUGACAGUGAUUGGAAUUUGUAUGGAAGUCUAUGGGAAAACAUUUGGUGGUGUUUGUCCAGAUGGGUACUUCUACUUUCACUUUAAACGGUAAGUUGAAAACAGCAUGAUACAUCUUUGAUGCAAAAUAUCUCGAAAAGGAAUCAAGGACCCUAUUGCAAAUUUGGCCUUGUUGGAAAUGUUAGGAUUUUUGCUAAAAGUUGAAACCUGUCAUUAUACUGUGAAAAUUUUUUGAGGGGAAUCACGAGGGUUUGAAAAUGGGUCAAUUCUCAUCAUUUUUGGUGACAUUUUACUCUCAGGAUGACAGGUGCUUGAGUGUAUUUCAACCCAUUACCAGGCUAGCAGUAGGUGUCAUCAUGGACCUUCAAAAUCUUUCAUAUGUGUACUUUCAAGAUGCAUAUACAUUAUGUGAAAAAAUUGGUUGCCAUGGUAACAAAAUAUGAAAUUAAAAAAAUGGCCUCAUGGAGGCGAAUUUUCCUCCAUUUUCUGGUAGUUUGAGACCUUAAAGUCUCAAUAUACCUGGCGAAUUGCCAAUACGAAGCUAAAGUGACCAGGGUUAAAAUGUAAAUAUGUUAAAAGAGUAUUUUAUAGAAUUUAAAUAGUUCCAUUGUAGUUGAUAUCUGUAUUAAUAUAGGGAGGUGACCAUUCUACAUUGAUCUGGUGCCUUUUAAUGGGAUUCGAAACUGACUGUGAGAUGUAGGAGAGUUUGACUUGUAGAUGGGUACUUCUACUUUCACUUUAAACGGUAAGUUGAAAACAGCAUGAUACAUCUUUGAUGCAAAAUAUCUCGAAAAGGAAUCAAGGACCCUAUUGCAAAUUUGGCCUUGUUGGAAAUGUUAGGAUUUUUGCUAAAAGUUGAAACCUGUCAUUAUACUGUGAAAAUUUUUUGAGGGGAAUCACGAGGGUUUGAAAAUGGGUCGAUUCUCAUCAUUUUUGGUGACAUUUUACUCUCAGGAUGACAGGUGCUUGAGUGUAUUUCAACCCAUUACCAGGCUAGCAGUAGGUGUCAUCAUGGACCUUCAAAAUCUUUCAUAUGUGUACUUUCAAGAUGCAUAUACAUUAUGUGAAAAAAUUGGUUGCCAUGGUAACAAAAUAUGAAAUUAAAAAAAUGGCCUCAUGGAGGCGAAUUUUCCUCCAUUUUCUGGUAGUUUGAGACCUCGGUCGGUUACGGAAAUAGCUGAGUUGUUACGAUUGAGGAAUCUGUAGGACUAGCCAACUCGUACCCAAGAAUCUGGUUACGAGUUGACUCCUCCUCUUCAAUAUGAUGAUAACUCGUACCUAAGCGAUAUGUCACUUAUAUGCGUAUAGAUAUAUUGCAUUAUGGCCAGAUUCUUGGGUACGAGUUGACUUUUGCUUUUUGGGUACGAGUUGACCUAUUAGGUACGAGUUGACCUGGGUACGAGUCGGUCAGGGUACGAGUUGACUAGAAAUCGCUAUUGCGCAUGCGCUGAAUAUUGACAACAAAGAUCUAGCUCGAAUUUGUUCAGUUUUGUAAACAAAAGACCAAUCGACGUGUGUCAGAGCAUCAGUACGUACACCCAUACUAACGUUAUUGUUAUUUAAAUUUACACCACGUGGGUUUUUGACCCAUUAAAAGGUUAGAGGUGAGGUCAAAUUCCGCAGUGAAGGAAACCGGAAAUAAAUCUGCCAAAGCUAUAGUCAUUUUCUAUAUACUGUAAUAGACAUGUAUCAUCAAUGCAAAUUAGAAAAUUCAAUUUAGUACUGUCAUACUAUUGUGAAAUAGUGAAAAGCUCAGGAAGUUAAAGUCAUUUAA